AUGGAGGGUGAAUCUUCUUCACCACAUGGAUUGGAGUCAGAUAACAAUGAGACAACUGGCUCAGUGGAUGGAGACACUAAUGAGAAUUCAAAUGUCCGCUCAUUCGUCCCAAUUGAACUGGUUCCAACCGUCGGUAUGGAGUCAGUUGAUGAUAUUUUACAAGGUGCAGAAAUACUUGUUGAAGAGGAACAAGUGAUGCAAAAUGAAGAGUUGGCUCAAUCCAGUAAUCUUGACACAGAUCUCGAAGUGAUCAACAUUGGGAAAGCUAAGGGUAUUAAAGUGAGGCCAAAACCUACAUCAAGUAAGAGAUUGAAAAGUGGUUUAGAGAAGAAUGCAAGUUUUGCUUAUGCUGAUACACAUAAGGUCCAUAUGGGGACAAGCGAACAUAACUUUGCUGCUAAUCCAGCUACAAGCACAAUGCGGAUGACUGAUUUACUUAUGGCACAACAAAUUCCUGAUUUUAAUCAAUCUGGGAUUGGUGAAUAUUUGGGAGAAAAACAAUUCAGUGGUUUUGACAAUUUUGGGAUUGGAGACAAUCUGGGAAGUGUUCACUGUGACGAGAAGUGUGGUUGUUCAUUUCAAUGUCUUGGAGGCAUAUGUUGUACUUGCAGGGGAAAUGAUAAGGAGUGA